AUGAGUUGCUCACNGGAGUCUGCAGAAGCACUUGCGUACUUGCACUCAUCAGCAUCACCUCCGAUAAUUCAUGGAGAUGUCAAGUCGUCCAACAUUCUUCUGGACGAUCGUCACAUGGCGAAGGUGGCUGAUUUCGGAGCGUCGAGGUCAGCUCCAAUGAAUGAGGUCCAAUAUGUCACUUUGGUGCAAGGGACUUUAGGUUAUUUAGACCCAGAAUACAUGCAAACAUACGAAUUGACGGAUAAGAGUGAUGUUUAUAGCUUCGGUGUAGUUCUACUAGAGCUACUCACGGGUAAAAAUGCAGUUUCUUUGGAAGGGUCCGAAGAAGCGAGGAGCCUUUCGUCGAAAUUCCUAGUUGCUAUGAAGGUGAAUGGUCUUUACGAACUUCUUGAUGAUCAGAUUAAAGAUGAUGAGGAAAUUGAGCUAAUUAAAGCAGUUGCUGCGCUUGCGAGAACUUGCUUAAGCAUCAAAAGAGAAGAAAGGCCUUCAAUGAAAGAUGUAGCAGAAGAGCUUGGUAGAUUGAGAAAGCUGAAGCAAAACUGUUUGGAACACCAUAAACCCAUUGCAUCGUUCGACUAUGAUCAUGAUCUGGGAGAUGCCACAAUUUACCAUAGCUUAGAGCAAGAAGUUGUGAUGAGUAUAGAAUCUAGAUGAUAUAUAUAUAAGAAGUGUUUCUCGCAUUAGACAUGAUAGAGAAUACGCUCUCAGGACUUUUACUGGGCUAUGUUCGGCUACCCGUGUUAAAAAUUAGUGCUAAACUUAUUUUAUUUCUUUCGAUUGUGCUAGACUUAAUAAAUG